UAAUGAAAUAAAAACAUGUUAUUUUAUUUUACAUUCCUAAUAGGGAAUUUCCCAUAGAAUAUUCCUAACACCCUUGAAAACGUCUUUCAAGAAGUCUCGUCUACGUCUUUAAGACAUCUCUUUAAGACGUCUUCAUUUGUAACACCAGACGUCUUAAAGACGUCAUCAAGAUCUAUACAGACAUCUUUAAGACGUCUCACAUAUCUGAAUUAGACAUCUGAAAGACGUAUUUAAGAUGUCGUUGUGCUGUUUGGAGUACCUACUCAAGAAAAAGAGAAAGAAAGAAAGAAAAAAAUUCGCACAUGAAUUUAUAGCUUACCUACCGUUAAUCGUUCAUUUAAAUUCAAACAUGAUCGUUACGACUAGUUGUUACCCAUAGCUUAAUAACUCGAAAAUAAAUUAUUGUUCCAAAUCAAAUUUGAUUUUAAAAUUUACUUUUUAACUACACUUUCCUAUUUCUAACAACAUUCACAACUUUAGACUCGUCAGCUGAAUUCUUCCGAUGUCCAUCAUUAACAGCUAUUUUUGAAAUUCUACUCUGAAAGUUUGGUUAAAUAUUAUUUGGAUUUUACGAGUUAGGAGAUGAGCAACUCAAAAUGCAACAUAAAUUGAGAAACUGAAUGUUGAUUAAAUUGCUCUUGCAUGUUCUCUGACACCUGGCAUAUUUCAUGCUAAUUUUUUUUAUCCAGAACUAGAUUAAAGUUGAACCACCUUAUUAGAAAAGAAAACAGAAACAGAAAAUUCAGAAUAUUUAUUAAACAAGAUAUAUUAUGUUAAUAAGUACCUAAGUAAAAAAAUAUUUACAAUAGCUACAGAUCGAGUUUCAUUUUGUGGAAAUAUAAAUAGAUAAUUUAACCUAAAAUCGUACUUGAGAUAGAUAGCGACAAUAGAAACCCGCAUUAGCUUCAAUAAAUAAUAGAUAGUUUAAGACCCGAAAGUCCCUUGAAUUUAAUUAUUUACAUCACCGUUAAUUAGUGUCUACACUAAAUUAAAUCUGUCUUUGAGCUGUGCAAGACAUGGCGAUUUAUCCCCAAUGCGAAUAUUUGAAAAUUGCGAUGAUCUGUUGCUCAUUGUUGGGCAUUUUUCCUUGGCAAUUUAUGUUCGAAGGUCAAAAACGGUACCAAUCGGCAUAUGCAAUGUAUUCGAAAGUAAUGCUGGGCUAUUACAUUUUCUUUUUGAUUUCCGCAUACAUUAAAUUGUUCAUAUUAUUGAAUACUGAUGAUGAGCUUCAGAUGGAUGCAAUUUCUGCAAAUAUAUGCAUCACCUUUAUCUACAGCAUUACGAUCACCAGACAAUUGAUAAUGAAAAAUAGUACGGGAUUUAGAUCGCUCAUCAAGCAUAUUAUUGAUACAGAGAACUCAGUGUCUGCUAUUCAAGAUAGCGAGAUUGAUAAAAUCAGAGAAAAUGCUGUGAAGGAGAGUAAACGAAAAUCGAAAUGGUAUUUGUACAUCUUAUGUGUUGUGACAUUACAAUAUAUUCUGAGACCAGCAAUGGUUGAUUCGAAAAUGAUUAAAGUCGGAAACAUGACCAAAAUUAUUAAACCGUUACCGCUGUCAUCAUGGUUUCCUUUUGAUGAGCAAGAAUUCUAUAAGGUUGCUUAUGUUUGGCAAGUUUUAGACAGCUUGGUAGGAGCUUCGUUUGUUACCUACACAGACAUACUUAUGUUCAACCUAAUUGUAUUCCCGAUUGGGCAAAUUAAAAAGCUGCAUCAUUGCUUGAAAAAUUUUGAAAUUUACAAAGAAAAUCACAAAAUAUUAUACAAUAUUACAGAUGAUGAAAAGGCUGGGGAAGCAACUUUUAUUGAAUUCGUUUUCAGACAUCGUCAAAUUAUCGAUUAUGUGACCUAUUUUAAUGAUGCUAUGGGCGCAUCGAUGGUAUUUGAUUUUUUGCAAAGUUCUUUCCAGAUCGCUGCCAUUUUAACCCAGGUUUUAGGGAACCAAAUUACAUGGGUCAUGUUUGUUUUCGUGAGCACUUUCUUUGUCAGCAUGGUUUUUCGAUUGAUUCUCUACUAUUACCACGCCAAUGAUGUGAUGUAUUUGAGCCAACGCUUAUCGUACUCAAUUUGGGAAGCAAACUGGUUUGAGCAACCGAAUAGAUUAAAGCGGAUGAUAUUAAUGUUCAUCUUGAGGACUCAGAAACCUCUCACUUAUCGAAUUGGAAUUUUUAGUGUUAUGACUUUGCAGUCUUGCAUUUAUAUUUUAAGAGCUACUUACUCCUACAUCACUUUAAUGGUUGGAUACAACUGAGCUAACGAACUCCAAGUUAGAAGAUUUUUAGGCAUGUUAGCAAACUUAGAAUAUUGCAAGCUGUGUUAAUGAAAUUAGUAAUACAUUCACUUCAAUAUUA